CCCAUUUUGUGUGGGUCCAGAGUUUUAGGGUUCGCAAACUUGGAAAUUCCCCUUUUAAUUUCUUAAUCUCCAUUUCCGAUCCAAAAUUGACCCAAACAAACAAACACACCAUCCCUUCCGUUCUCUCUUCUCUGCAAAUCACCUGUUUCUCGCAAUACGUUCAAUUUCACUCUCAGAAUUUUCCCCCAACUUGCUCAAAUCCACCAUGCAGGCGUCGCGGGCGAGGUUGUUCAAGGAGUACAAGGAGGUGCAGCGAGAGAAGACGGCUGAUCCUGAUAUUCAAUUAGUUUGUGAUGAUUCCAACAUUUUUAAAUGGACGGCUCUUAUCAAGGGACCAUCAGAGACUCCUUUUGAGGGUGGUGUGUUCCAGCUUGCUUUUUCUGUUCCAGAGCAGUAUCCUCUACAACCACCUCAAGUGCGGUUUUUGACUAAGAUAUUUCAUCCAAAUGUGCAUUUUAAGACAGGGGAGAUUUGCCUAGAUAUCUUGAAAAAUGCUUGGAGCCCAGCUUGGACGCUUCAGUCUGUGUGCAGGGCUAUAAUUGCUUUGAUGGCCCAUCCAGAACCUGACAGCCCACUGAAUUGUGAUUCAGGCAAUCUUCUACGUUCAGGUGAUGUUAGAGGGUACCAGUCCAUGGCAAGAAUGUACACUAGGCUUGCAGCAAUGCCAAAGAAAGGCUGAAUGAUUUCAGAUAUCGUGUCCCUAUGCUGUGCUUGACUAGGUAACAAGUCAUCAAUGUAUACAUCAGUUCAUUGUUCUGUUCUCAAUUUGUUUAAAAGUAUACAUUUUAAGACAUGAUUUUUAUUGUUUGGUGAUUUGUACUAAGGUGGUAACUUGUACAGAGUGUAGAUGCGACUUAGCAUAUCUGGACUUUUGCCAGAAUUGAGCUCAACUGCUUAAAUAAUCCUUGAUUGCUUUCAUUUUAUCAAAGCCAUAUUUCGAGAUCGAUA